AUGUCGCUGAAUCCCUCUAGUUCGAACUCUACAAACCCAUCACCAUGCGACCCGCCUACACAAUCCCUGGCUCUUCGCAGUCAAAUUACCGGCGGCGACUUUCAUCAACAAAUUCAACAUGCACCUUUUCCCCCUGACGAGCCAGGAAUAAAUCCCAUGGAGCUGAGACAUCUUGGCGAGAACCUGAAGAUCAUUCCAGUCCCCUCAGUAGUGGAUGAUCUCGAAACGACCGCCAAGAAGAUGGAAGCCCUAGCCAAAGUGGUUGGAGACGGCAACAGCCUGGCCCUAUGGACAGGGUUGAAGCUGGCUUCUGCGCACCCAAGGGAUCCAGAGAGCAUAGCCAAGUCGCAGAUGACACCGCCCGAAAUUGAGCUGUAUGAGGCAUGGCAGCGGGCCAAGAGCCGUCGUGCCGAGAACAAACUCAACAGCGAAGUCUCCCAGAAAGCGCCAGAGACUGAAGAGAUGGGGUGUCCCGCCCCCUUCGACUGGCAGAAGAAUGUGCACCCGGUCCCACAAGGCGCUCAGAGCCUCAAGAAGUUCACGCAGCGAGCGCAGGCGAUGGACAUCAUCUGGGAGCACCAAGGAGCGAUGCCUGAGCAUGCGUCGUGGCUGACGUUCAAAUGCCCAGAGGCUCUACCGCUCGUGAAAGCUGUCUGUCGGGUCCAGAACGCUGAGGAGCACUACCGCAACAACCAGGACCCUCACACGCGUGGACUGACGGACAUGGAGGCUGCCGAGGUCGAGACUGUGCGCAAGAUUGUGUCGAUUGCAGAGAGGAAUAAGACUCGGGAGCUGGAGAAGAUCCGGAAGCUUACUAGGUCGAUCAACGAGGCGGCUGCAGUGCUCAAGGCCCGGGUCCAAUGGCUGGAGGACAAGAUGAAAAGCUGA